AUGCAAUUUAUUGUCGGUGACUGCCCACCUGAUGGUGACGGAAGACAAGUACUGAGCCUCAGUACUUGUCUUGUUCUUUCUUUUCUGUACGGUAUCCGUCACCAUCAGUAUCCUGACGGCGAUGUAGGCAACAUGGAAACAAUUUUGCUCCGAGCGUUCAGCAAUAAGCCAUUUCACGGUGCUCUCUAUGGCACUCAAUUGCUCCUGGAUGCAGCAGUGAUGAUAGCAGGUGUGAUUACUUGUUUCAGUGAGUUGCAAGAGUUGUCCACCAGUGGUGUGUACUCUUCUUCUACUUCUACGGACUCUGACGCCUUUUUUGGCCACAUGCUUACUAAGUGCCAAAAUCACUUUUUUCAGCUCAAGCGCAAGAUUAACUGGGGGAGAGUGGGCUGCGAAUACCGCGAUGAGGUUUUUAAGGAUUUGUAUGGCGCAUUCGGGCACAGAAGGGAGAUAGAUUACUCAGACACGUCCAUAUCUAUCACAAGGACUGUGUUGGCCCCACCACACGCGACCCACGAGGGUUCACGAAAUCCGGAGAAAAGAGUAGAGGGAGAAGGGCGCCAGCAUCAGUUCCCGUGA